AGACCAGUGGCAUUGACUUCAAGAGGGACCGAAGACAGUAACAGAGAUUUUUUUCAUUUUAGACUAUUUGGGGGUGCAUAGUUUUUUUUUUUGGACAUGAUGGGGUUGUUGUCAGUGGAUCAGAGUGCCGUUCUGGUGGUGGCCGCUCUUUUUGGGAUGUACCAGUUUGCUGACGGGGGAUGCUCAGGAAGGUGUUGUGAAGGCACAGAUUUCACCUGUGUCACUACAGACUGGAGGAUGGACCGUGUCUAUGGGAUGUGUUAUUGUGAUGAGAGGUGUUUAAAGACUAAAGAUUGUUGCUUUGACUACCCAACAGAGUGUCCAGCUCAGCCGUGUGUAGUGAGUGAGUGGAGUCACUGGAGUGGGUGCGCUCAGCACUGCCAGCCCUCAUUCCGGGUCCGGAGACGCAGCGUUGAGAGACUGCCCCAAAACAGUGGACAGGCCUGUCCAAGGCUGGAGGAACAGGCUGGAUGCAUGGAGUAUCAGGACCGCCAGGGACAGUUUUGCACUUCUGUGCAAGGAGCAGCAUUCAUAACAACAAUGGAGUACAGCAAAGGCAGAACACAUGAUUUGUAUGGGGCCCCAAUGGAUGCUGGUUUCUGUAUGGAGUUCAAGAUGGAGUCUCUGACACCGCAGUGCAUGGUGGAGAACAGACCCUACACGCGCUGGAUGCAGUACUUGAGGGAAGGCUACAGUGUCUGUGUGGCCUGCCAACCUCCGGCGAUGAACAACCGCAGUCGGAGUUGCCAAGGAGACGGCAACCUAGCUGAGAGGGAUGAGCUUCUACACUGGCAGGCGGUGGGAAGCCCUCGCUGCAGAGGAACAUGGAGGAAAGUGCAGAGACUACAGCACUGCUCCUGUCCACAAGUGCAUAGCUUCAUUUUCAUUUAAACAUAAGAUGCUUCUUCAACCCCCUUGAUAAAAUACAUCAAUUAACAAUAUAUCCCAUUACAUAUGUCACAAAAAACCCCAUCAUACUUUCACAUACUAUUAUAGCUGCUGCAAAUAUAACAUACAUGAAAUAACCCUCAUAUAGCAUACAUGAAUCACCUCGUAGCUGAUCUAUACAGGUGGAGCUGGGGAAGGUGGAGGGUUUCUGAAGCAAGCUGAAACUGCUAC